AUGUUCCUAGUCGCGGCAUCCACUCUAUCCGCGUUUCUCAGGUUUCAUCCACCUACUUCGGAGCAUCGCUUCUUCUCCCCGUCGUCCACAUUCGGAGCCCUUCCGUCCCACACGCGCGAUCCCCUCCAUCGCUCACGCUUCUUCCCUCGAACGAGCACGCUCCCUCCCCUCCCGUCUGCUUAUCGCAAACCCCUUUGUCGCGCACGCGAACAUCCCUUCGUCGCGGAUGAUAACUCCUUCACGUCGCACACGGCACUCCCCUCUAACGAGCACGCACACUCCCUUCCGUCGCCCACGCGCACUCGCUUCUGUCGCCCACGCGCACUUCGUUCCGUCGCCCACGCGCACUUCGUUCCGUCGCCCACGGUCCCACGCGAUCGUACUGUCGCCCACGAUCCAUCACUUCCGCCGCCCACGCUCACUCCAUCCCGCCGCCCACGCUCACUCCCAUUCCAUCGCCUUCGCGCAAUCCUUCGGUCGCACAUCCUUCGCUCGUCGCACACUGCCUCCCGCAUCUCCGCCUCACCCCAUCUCCUCCUCACCCCAACUCCGUCCUUGCACGCUGCUGCUGCAUGCUUUCGCCUCCCGUGCGCUUCACGCUGCCUCCAGUGCAGCCCCCCCUUGUUACACCCACACUCACUCCUCCCCGCCGCGCACGCUCUCCCCCCAUCCGUCGCCUACGCUCACCCCCUGCCCCUCGCCUUCUCUCAUUCCCCUCCGUCGACUAUGCUCCCUCCCCAUCCCUUCCCUCCCCAUCCCUCAACUCCCCAUCCCCGCCUCCCCAUCCCUUCCCUCCCCAUCCCUCAACUCCCCAUCCCCGCCUCCCCAUCCCUUCCCUCCUCAUCCCUCAACUCCCCAUCCCCGCCUCCCCAUCCCUUCCCUCCUCAUCCCUUAACUUCCCAUCCCCGCCUCCCCAUCCCUUCCCUCCCCAUCCCUCACCUACCAGUCUCUCAUCUCCCCGUCCCUCACCUCCCCAUCCCUCACCUCCCCAUCUCUCAUGUCCUCACCCCUCAUCUCCCCAUCCCUCACCUCCCCAUCCCUUCCCUCCCAAUCGCCCUCGCCCUUAUUUUCUGUGCUCUGCUGUGUAGAGCUACGCGAGAUGAGGUGCUCUGCGCUGCUCUGGGGCUCUGCGGUGCUGUGCUGUGCUCUGUUUGCGCACACCCCUCCUCUCCAUACUCCCGAACCAUCCCUCCUCUACCCAUCCCUCACCUCCCCAUCCCUCACCUCCACAUCCCUCCUCUCCCCAUCCUAUCCUCUCCCCAUCCUAUCCUCUCCCCAUUGUCGUGA